GCUGCUGCGGAGCGAAAACUACAGCACGGAGGAAGUAGAAGCCAUAAGAUGAAGAAACGAUACGUGGACGCGAGCAGGCUACGGAAAAUGAAAAAGCUGAAAAUAACGGAGAAGCUUUCUGAAAGUGCGUACACCUUCGUGAAGUUUAUGAUGAUGUGGAUGCUGGUGCUGCUGGCAGAUUUCAUCCUGGAGUUCAGACUGGAGUACCUGUGGCCCUGCUGGCUCUUCUUUGGGAGCGUUUACACCACGUUCCACUGCCAUGGGCUGGCUAUUUGUGUUGUUUUUGUUUGUGCUGCCUUCACUCUGGACAUCUUUUGUUUAAUUUUUGUUCCUUUGCACUGGCUGUUCUUUGUGGCAAGCACUUAUGUGUUAUUCAAUUACAUAUGGCACACAGAGAAAGGCAUCUGCAUAUCCACGGUGUCCCUGUGGAUUCUGCUCGUCUACACAGAGGCGUCACUCCGACUAAAAGACCUUAAAGCCUCUCAUGCAAACCUGUCUCAUCUUUUUGCUGCACACUGCAUUGGGUAUCCUGUGGUGUAUCUGGGGUUUGAUGCCACGUGCUACUUCACUAACAUCUUCAAGCUGCGCAUUCAGAAAGCUGUGCAGAGUGAGAAUGACUUCCACAUGCACCUCCUGCAGCACUCGCUCCCCCCAGGCCUGCAGGUCUUCCCAAAGACGGGAACAGAUGGCAGCAGCAGCUCUAAAUGGAAGACAAAGCCUGAGUCCACUCAGUAUCAGUGUCAGAACGGCGCUGUGCUGGCCACUGACGAGGCUCACACCGUGGACUGCCUCCAGAUCCGCAGCGAGGAGAGAGCGCCAGAGAAGGGAGCGCUGGAGGGGAAGUCCGCUGAAUCAAACCGGCGGCCAUUACCAUCCAAACCUGGUGAGUCCAGAGAUCUGCUUCCCUGCGGGGCAGCCGGACCCGAAUCCUCCACAACCCCGGAAAAUCUACCUCAAGAUGAGCCAGGAAGCAAAGCUACACGGGCGGCUAAAAGCUCCUCGCCAAAAGCCAGCAGAGGCAGCACAAACACUCCCUCCCCCCCCGCAGGGAGGACGGAGAAGAAGCAGAGAUCCAGCUCGAAGACGGUCAGCCCCAACCGGGACGUCCCAGAGAAGAGCAAUCACCACGCUGAGCAGAUGAACAAGCUGGAGCAGGAUCUGAGGAGGCUGCGGGCCGAGCUGCAGCUGAGCCGGCAGAGCGAGCAGGAGCUGCGCAGCCACGUCUGCAACCUGACCAACAGUGAGCGCAGCCUGAGGCCAGAGGUGUCCCUGCUCAGACAGUCCAACAUGCUGCUCCAGAGCAAGGUUCUGUGCCUGUCUAAAACCAAGCAGAGGGACAAACAGAGCAGCGCCAUGCUGGAGAAAAAGACGAGAGCGGAGACGGAGGCCAGACUCUUCGUGGAGAAACAGUUGGCUGAGCUUCAGGCUCAGAAACUGGAGGAAGCAAACAACACAGCACGGAGUCUCAACAACAGGUAA